AUGGAGGACAUGGAGGAGCUUUGGAAAGAGGGGUUACGACUAUGGGAUGAGUUUAAGCGGGAGCACUUCAUUCUACGUGCGAUCAUAUUCGUUACCAUCAAUGACCUACCUGCAAACUUUUCAUUAUCUGGGCAGAUUAAAGGGAAGACUGGAUGUCUGAUAUGUCUAGAGAAAACUUCGUACAAAUACCUGACGUCGUCUUUGAAGACAGUGUACAUGCGACAUCGACGGUUCCUACCACAAAGACAUAGGUACCGUAAGAUGGCUAGAUUAUUCGAUAAUACAGUGGAGAAUGACACUGCCCCAGUAGCAAGAGGUGGUACAUACGUGUAUGAGAUAACAAAGAAGAUUAAGGUUGUAUAUGGAAAGGGAAAGAAGAAGACAGACCUAGAGAUUCGACAUGCAAUUGAUGUUAUGCACCUCGAGAAGAACGUGUUUGAUAGCACCAUUGGCACAUUGCUGGACAUCCCAAGUAAAACGAAGGAUGGAUUGAAGUCACGUAACGACCUUGUAGAGUUGUCCAUAUGGCAUGACCUUCACCCAGUAGUGCUGCCAAAUGGGAAGACCGAGAUUCCUCCUGCUUGUUACUCGUUGACACUUGAAGAGAAAAAAGCCUUCUGUAAAUGUUUACAAGGGGUUAGAGUGCCUACUGGUUUCGCAUCGAACAUCAGGAAGCUAGUAUCAAUGAAGGAUUUGACCAUUUCGGGAUACAAUGCGCAUGACUGUCAUAGGUUGCUAACGAAGGUAUUUGAUCCUCUGGAAUUAGGUCCGCUUCAGACAUUUGCCGUCGAGACUAUGUGGGCCUAUGAGCGUUACAUGUCGAUCCUCAAAGGCUAUAUACGCAAUCGCGCUCACCCGGAAGGAUCAAUGAUAGAGGGAUACACAACUGAAGAGGCAGUCGAGUGUUGUAUGGACUACAUAAAGGAUGCUAAUGCCAUUGGCAUUCCUGUUCAUCGACAUGAUGGUAGAUUGUCUGGAAGGGUUGGUGAUUCUGUGGAGGAACUUACUUUACAAAGACUGGCAUGUGGGCCUUCAAGUAUUGUCAAUUCAUGGCAAGGUUACGACAUCAAUGGAUUUACCUUGAGUACGACUACGAAGGACAUGAAAAGCACCGCACAAAACAGUGGGAUCCGUGUCGAAGCGAUUGACACGAGUGGAGAAAAGAGGUCGUAUUAUGGGACCAUUCAAGAAAUAUGGGAACUGGACUAUGGCCUAAACAUCCAAAUCCCUGUGCUCCAUUGUGAAUGGGUUAAAGACACAACAGGGGUUUCCGUUGAUGACUACGGGCUAACGAUAGUCGAUCACAGUAAAACAGGCCACAAGGAUGAUCCAUGGGUUUUAGCAGAGCGUAUGGCUCAAAUCCCCGAAAUCCCAUAUAUUGCACAACGAUUUAACGACACUACUAUCUUGAACGUGGCCGCUGACCUCUACCGAUUCAUCCGUCGCGAUGUCUGCAACGCAAGAGGUCUCUUCUACGACAACCAGAGUGAACUCGCAAUGGACGACAAAUUUAAACCUCUCAGAGAGUGGGAGAAAGAACAUAUGCAAUAA